AUGCCACCGAAAACAUCAUUACACUGCAACCAACACGCAGAGCAUCUCAAAACGCAGGGAAACGAGCUGUUCCAACAGGGCCAGUACAAGCCUGCGCAUCGCAAGUAUACUGAAGCGAUCAAAGCUGAUCCGGGCAAUGCUAUUUAUUAUGCGAAUCGCGCUGCCUGCAAUUUGGCUAUGAAAGAGUGGGCUACAGAGUUGGACCCAAACUACGCCAAAGCAUGGUCGCGACUCGCAACUGCCGCCUUCCACAUGUCAUCCUAUCCAAAAAGUAUCAACGCAUGGGAGACAGCGCUCAAGUGUCUUCCCCCGGUAGAGCAAUCAAGUGAGACGGACAAGAAGCUUCGUGCGCAGUUCAAGGCGGGCUUGGCGCAAGCGAAGAAAGCUGGCGAGAAACCGUUCGUGAAAGAGGAGCAUACGCGUGUGUAUUCAGAGGAUGCGGCUAAGGAGCUGCCGUGGCAUCGUGCUGCGGCUAUGGAGAGUGAGAUUGUUUCGCAGAUGAAGAUAUCUUGUGCUAUUGUGAUUCUUCAAGCUUAUCGAGAAUUCAAAACUGCAGUUGAAGAUAUGAAGAAAAUUAAAAAAAUAGGCGAGGUAAACGGGAGGCCCAGGCUUUACGGAAAAUCAGGAACUCUGGAAGGCAUUUGCAACGGGAUUAUGUCUGACCCUCGAGUAUUCCAUCUUGACUGUACAGACUGGAUGAUUUUCGAAGCGUCUGCAUUCAACGCCUGGCAAGACGGGGGCGCUAAAGUAGUCAAGGCUGAAGCUCCGAAACGACUCAAACGAGAAGGAUGGAGCAAACUUCGUCCUGCAUUAUCCGUCACUGUUCGGGCUUGGAUUAUUGCCGGGUUUGUGGGCGGAUCCAUUGGAAAGUACGCCGCUGCAAUGGAAUAUCACUCUCGUGCACUGGAAGUUCUUGAAUGGGGUGAACGUACAUGGCAAAAUGUACCUUUCACCGAGAGAGGCGUCAUGUUCCGUAAAACUUUCAUUCGGGCGGUGAAGCGUAUGAAGCUGUCUUCUAUGCACAAUUGCAUUGUCAACAAUGUGGAAGGUGUCGACUUUACGGUUGAAGAUAUGGCGGAUUUGGCGCGCGACAUUAUCACCGACGUUGAGGCUAAUCCACCCCUGCCGGAGUAUCCGGGCGAACCUCUCGAUCUAACCUUCACAUUCGGAUAUUACAUUUACCCCAAAGCUGCAGCUCUCUCAACCCUUGCCUGGCACUACAUGCAGCUUGGGCAUAAAGCGACUACAGCCGACGACGCUCAAGCUGCGUAUUCUCAAUCAGCAGAUUACUACAUGCAAGCUGCCCAAAUCUACCCACCUGACGAGGAGCAAAUGCUUAUCUACUAUAAAGUCGCGGUGGAGGCGUACUGGUUCUCGCCCGAAGGAAAGACGCUCGAAGAGGUUCUUCCUACCUUAAUGACGAUUUACGAGCGACUGCCGCACGUCGUCAGGAUAUGGGAACACUCGGCGCUGGCGAGCAGUCGAGAUUCACAAGUUGUUUAUGCUCUUGAUUUUAUGACGCGCUGCGGGGAGGCACUAGAGAGUGGAAAGAUUACUAAGAAAAGCUUUGUCAGGCCAAAGGAUAUGGUGAGUGCGGUUUAA